ACAAUAGGUCAAUAACAUUGCCAACCGGGGAUAGGAAACCAUGUAAUUGCUGCCCUUUCUUCGACGUUUAUGCAAGUUACCAUCGAUUUUCUGCCACAACUUAUGUCACAAGGCCCCACCGAGUGUGUAUAAAAGCCGCAGGUCAGGUCCACACAUUGUUUAUUCUCUUGAACGCCAGUCAUACGCCUUUGUCGAGAAUGCGUGCUCCCGAGUGGAUGAGUAGUGAAAUGGCGCGACUUACCUCUAAAUUGGAACGUUAUAAACCUACUGGCAGUGGCUAUAAUCGCAUACAAUCGAUUCGUUUAUCCAAGAGUGUCACGCAAAUGUUAAACAAUCCGUUGCCAAUGGGAAAACUGGUCGCUGCUUCUGGCUCUGCUGCUUCACAUCAAGAACAUGGCCAGCAGGAAAGCACUUUUGCGACUCCACGACGACGUGGUGUGCUCAGUCGCACAGAAUCCGAGUGGGAGGAAGUAUAUCCAGCUGUAAAGUUUAGUCGCCAGCAUAGCCAUGAGAGUGCCAGCAGUUUGGACAAUGAGAUCAAAUUCACCCAUUAUCGCAAUUGUGCCACACGAAUUCCUUAAAUAUCUAUUGACAUUAGCUACAUUUACUUACAAUAUUUGUAAAACUUUAUGCAGACAUUUAGAAUAAGAAAUAAAUCUAUAAUACAUUUUAGAAAUCAA